CGCCCUCCCCCCCGCCGCCCUCCUGCAGGCCCGAGAGGCUGCGCAAAGGCCGCUCCUUCGCCGCGAGGGAAACCUGUUCGCCGCCUGCCGAUCCCCCGGCUUCUCUUCCGUCGCCGCGGAAUGACGGGAGGGCCGAGGCGGGGAGUUAUGGGGCUGACCCGCGGAGUCCUCUGCAGGCGCUGCUGGUGCUGGCAGCUGCGGGGGCUCCCCGCCUCCCCGAGAGGCUCAGCCGCCCAGCGCGGAGGGGUCGGGCGCCUCCUGCCUCUCUCUGGCCGAUGCCCGUUUCUGCCGCUGCCCCCCGCGCGCUUUUAUAGCAGCGGCCACGGCGGCCCCAGGUCGGAAGAGCGGACGUUUUUCUUGGGGUUCCCCAACCCCUUGAGAUGGCUCCGCACUCGCCUCUACUUCUUCCUCAUCCGCACCUACUUCGACCGCGACUUCAGCGUCCAGGAGUUCAUGCAAGGGGCGAAGCACGCCUUUACUGUUGUUUCAAGGCUAAUUUCUCAGUGUAAAUACGAUGUAUUGGAAGAACUUGUAUCAAAAGAGAUGAUUCAGGUGUUAAGAGAGAAGCUCUCUUCAUUGUCUGAAAACCACAGAAAAGCCUUGGCUGCGGAGAUGGAUGAAAUUAUGUUCACAGCAACAGGAGAUGUGGGCAUUUACUAUGAUGACAGUGGCAGGAAGUUUGUUAGUAUCCUGAUGUCGUUCUGGUAUCUGAGCAGUGCUGACAUCCCUGAUAAGACUCCAGAUGGAGCCAAAGUGUUCCAGAUUGCGCUUAGCGGUGAAAACACACCUAAAAGAAGACAUCUUUUAUUAGCAAACUAUGAGUUUCGAAGAGAAUUCACACAGGGUGUGAAGCCAGACUGGAUGAUUACAUGGAUUGAACACCCAAACCUAUUGGAAUAAGUUCCUAGAACAAAGACUUACUAGUAAUAUUUUGGCAUAUCAAGAAACAUCUCAAGAUUUGUAUGCCACAAUACAUAGUGGACUAAUUUUGUGGUGUCUGCCUGAAUACCAUCAUGCUCUGAACAAUAUAAAUAAUGUCUUUCCCAUCAGAGUUGAAAGCACAGUUUGGACCAAUGUGUAAUGGGGAACAUGUUAGGUUGGUAUGAUAAACAUCUUGAUGUGGUCUGGAAGAAGAUAAUUCAUAGUUCAUAAUUGAACAUUGCAUCUUUAUUCUUCAACCAUCGUCAGAAAGUGAAAUGGGUGGUCUCAAAAAAAUAAAAAAAGAGAAAGAAGUGAUCUUCCAAAUAUCAGACUUUACCUGACUCCAUUGAUACACAGUACUUAACAGCCAAGGUCUUGAUUUUAGGAUCAAGUACACUAGAAUGCAUAAUUUACUUUUCAGUGGACAUAUUAUCUGGAUCAUUCAACAAUGAAAGUAAAGAUGUUUCAAUAGACUUCAUAUUUAUACAGAAUUAAGUUUUGUACUGUUUUUUUACUUUGGUACUUUUUUCUGUAUAUUUGGUAAUGAAAGUAAAAACUAUAAUAGCCAUGUGCAACUUUUAGCUGAGAAACAAAAUACGGUAGUGUGUGUGGUAUGUGGUGUGUAGUAUGGUGUGUGGUGUGGUGUAGUGUGUCGUAUGGUAUGGUAUGAUGUAUGGUAUGGUAUGGUAUGGUGAACUUAAUUUCAAUGUGAGGCAGCUUUCUGUAUUUUCUUUGUGACUGCCAGAGCUUCAAUGUAGGUCUUCAUAUAUAUAAAAUAUAUAGGACUAAACUGACAUCUACUAAGUGGCUAAAAUCCCAAGGUGAAUGUUCUCAGAAACAUUCACCAAUUCGAGUAUUGCUCCUUUUAUGCAUUUAAAAUGAUUUAUUGAAACUUGACAGCGUAAGAUGAUUUGAAUUGAUUCUCUGAGAUUGCAAAAGAUUUUGUGAUAUUUUAAUUUAAUUUUCAAACUCUCCUGUUUGUGCAUUUUACUGGAAAAACAGGACACUGGAGAAAAUAUAUCUAGGAAUGUCUCCUUUAAUGAAAGAAUAGCAGAACAACCAACUGACCAUCCAGUUAGCCACUUCCACAGGGAUCACUGUACUUGUUAUGAGUAGACAGCAGGCACAGUGUCUGGAUGUUAGGAGCUCCUUUCCAUGAGUCAGACUAUUGAUCCCCUUGAUCAUUCAGAUCACACUAGAUGAUCAUCUGAAGCGGAUGCCACCAUUUACUUUCCUGUUGUGACAGUAUAAGAGGCCUGCCAGUCUGAAUCCAUUUAUUUUGGAAGGCAUACUGAUGCAGGGUGUCUGGGCUAUAUUACUAAAUAUAGUAAUAUAGCCCAUACUCGAUCAAUCAUGAUCGACUCAAUCGUGUCAUACUCGAUUUCAUUGAGGGCCGCAUCAGGAUUGUGUUUGACCUUGGAGGGGUGGGGAGGCCAUGGCUGGGGGUGUGUGACAUGGGACUUGUUUUGGGGGCACCUGUGCUGGGCAAGUGCUAAGGCAGGAUUUCCCUGAGACCCUCCCUCACUCAUUAUAGUCUUCCUUCCUUCCUUUUCUGCUUUUUCCUUCCCUCUUUAUUCUCCUUUCUUCUUCCUUCCCCUCUUUCCUUCCUUGCUCUCUUCCCACCUUUCCUUCUUUAUCUUUGUCUUUCCUCUUUCCCUUUCUCCUUUCCUGUCCCUUCUUGCAUGCUCAAAUGCAAAAGGGAAAAGAUUUCUUCUUUUGUUUUUUUAGUUUGGCCGGCCCCACAGGCCAGAUCUAAGCACCCCAUGGCUCUUGAGUUUGACACCCCUGCUAUAGGGUGUCUGCAUUUACAGCCUUAAUGGUGCUAUUAAAUUUACUCAGGGAUAGAAUACCUGAUUUGCAUGCAGACAACUCAAGUUUAUUCUCUGGCUUCUCAACUAAAGUGGGGGGAGGGAUAAGGGGAAAGAUCUCUGAAACUCUGAAGAGCUGCUAUGAGUCAAAAUAGCAAAUGGUGAACAGCUUGGAGAAGUACUCUAGUAUAACAAUUAUUGAACUUCACCUAUAUUUUGUGGCAGUGACUCAGAAAUUGUCUUUAAGACCCUGACUUUGUUCACCUAUGUUUGCUGCAUUAUGUUAAUGCAUCUAUUACUUUUGAAAACUUAUAAUGCAGUUUCUGAUGGAAUAACUUAUCUCAUGCAACAGAAAUAACACUUGCGGCACUUGAAAAGCUAACACUUCUAUGACUGCUAACCUUUUCUGGAUCACAGCCGACUUUAUCAGAUGCCUGGAGUAUAAUCUUGAGAAAAAGUAUUUUAUCUCUGUGUACAGGUAUAUGUACAAACUCAGAAAAGCUGUUGAAGGGGUGGAAAGAUGCAUUCUUCAUGCAUAUGAAGAAUGUGAGACAAGCAGCAACUAUAUUCUCUCAUGCCCACAAUUAUGCAUUUGGGGAUUUAUUGACUGGUUGAUUCUGGAUUGAAAUUGAUAACUUGGAUUGAAUAUGCAUUCUCCAGUAGCUAUGUUGUUUCGGCAUAUGAAAGAAAUACAAGAGAAUGUCAAUUUUAAAAUGAAUUUUAACAAGUGGUGGUCAGUCUCAGCCUUCGGUUUUUUUUUCUUGACCAGUUGGUUGUUGACUAUUAAUUAAUCCAUUUGAAUUAAUUUAAUUGGUAAUUCAAACAGUUCAGCAUAUGCAGUGAUACUUUUGAUUCUUUACAUUGUAUACAAUUAUUUGUUGUUAGGAUCCAGUGUCUAAAGUUGUAGAUCGGAAAAUAUCAGGAAGAAAAAUAUUAGCUGAAUUGGAUAAGGGUCUUCUCAUACUGGAUCUGAGCAGUGGUUAUGUGUUCUGAAAUAGGGGGAGUUCUUGGAGUCUCCCUUGUCAUGAUCAAAUCAACCCCUAAUGACCAUGGGCUUCUCUAGCACCACUAUCCAUUGCAGGGAGGCUUGAUCCAUUUGAUUCAUCCAUCCCUAGUGACUGAUGAACCUGGAUGAGUUUCAGAGGGAAUCGGGGGCUGUUCCUGUUGGCUUGCUGCACAGUCCAUCUGAAGCCUUGGUCACUGCCUAGAAUGGGGUGAAGCUGAGCUUUAGAUCGGAUCACAUCCAUGUAAUCUCUCCCACUCACAGAGUUGACGAAUUUGAAGAAGAGACAUCUAUAGUAUUGCUGGUGCUCACAAAAGGUGAACUUGACCAAACAUAGCUUACAGCAUCUACUCCACCACUCUUAUUGUAUCUGUGGUUAGCUGACCCUGUUUCAGGUGACAUGUGCCUUCUUAUGUAUCAGGUGGUCAGAGAACCACCUGCAAGGAUAUACAAAGGAAUUUUUUUCAGCAUCUGGACAAAAGUCAUUUGAAUUUGCUUGGGGUUGGAUGUCAGCCUUGUUGCAGGUCUGGAGGUGAGGCCUGGGGAGAAGACUAGCCUGAUUAUCUGGAAAUGGUUUCAACCUCUUGGGUCUGAGGAAAUGGACAGUAUCCUUGGGAUUGUAAACUCAACCGCCUGCUCCUUAGAUCAGUGCCUCUCCUGAAAUAACACUUGCGGCACUUGAAAAGCUAACACUUCUAUGACUGCUAACCUUUUCUGGAUCACAGCCGACUUUAUCAGAUGCCUGGAGUAUAAUCUUGAGAAAAAGUAUUUUAUCUCUGUGUACAGGUAUAUGUACAAACUCAGAAAAGCUGUUGAAGGGGUGGCUUGUUAAAAAAGCUUGAGGGGGGGGGGGGGGAUUGUAUGAAUGGAUUCUUGUGGAAAAUUUUUCCUUGAGUGUGAGGGUCCUAUUCUAAACGAGGGCUUGGUUUAUCCCCUCUUCAAGAAGCCAUUGCUGGACUCCAGAAUACCGGACAACUUUCACCCAGUAUAACUUCCAUGUUCUGAUGAAAGUGGUUGAGAAGUUGGUUGCACAACAACUUCCAAAUACCUUAUUGAAGCGGAUUACCAGGAUUCCUUUCAGUCAGAAUUCAGAUCUGAGUAUGGAUUGAAAAUGACAUUGGUUGCACUUUUGGGUGAUCACUAUCAAGAGCAGGAUUGAGCAUGAAGAAACCAUACUGGUUUCUCCAAGGUCAAUUCCAGUUGGUGAUGAUUGGGGAAGGGAGAUCCCACCCAUAGCCCCUAUUAUUGUAUAUUGAGUGCCACAUGGUUAGGUGCGCUCUCCGUUCGUAUUCAGUACCUAUAUGAAGCUGCUGGGUAAGCUCAUCCAUUCCCAUAGAAUGAGGUAUCUUUAGCAUGCUGAUCAUAUAUAUUUAUCAAUUAUAUAUAUCUUUCCCUAAUGACUUAAGCAAUGCUAUGAACAUCUUCCCCUGAUGUCUGGAGGCUGUAAGGGUGUGAAUUGGAGCAACAGAUUUCAAUUGAACCCUGGAAAUUACUGAAUAGCUUUGGGUUUUGAGGCCUUCUGUCAUGGUGCCUGACUUAUUGAAUAUUCUCUUCCUCCCCUCCCUCCCUCCCGAAGUGAGAUCAGCUCCAUUCUUACAUACUUUCCAGAAGUCCCUCAAGACCUAGCUUUGUCAUUCAAGCUUGGGGGGCUCAGGACCAGUGAGAUCUUGAGGUGGGUCCCUUGCUAGUCUAACGUCAUGUGUGCCAUAUGCUUUUAAAACUUUUAAAAUAAUGAUUAUUUUAACGUAUUUUAUUAUUUUAGAUCUUUGUUGUAAACUUCCCAGAGACACUUCUUGUCAGAUUGGUGGUUGUAUAAUUUUGAUUAAUAGCCUAAAAGAAUGAGCUAGCAUGAAUCUCCAUAGUAGUGGGAUUUACUUGCAACUUGAAGAAAAAGUUCAUUUCUCCUGAAAUCCUGUACACACUAUUGGGAGAAAUUGACUAGGAUCAUUUAAGUAAAAGUAGUUAAAAUCAUCUUGGGAACUCCAUUCUGUGCUGACAAAUACUAGGAACACCUGAGUUGGUCGUGAGAAGAAAUUGCUAUUCCCCAGGCAGAAUGGGGAAAAAAUAACAUUAGAUGAACACAUAUGUCCGAGAAGUACUCAGUAGCUUUUUCUUGCAUUUCUCAUCUGUGUACAUUAGGUGGGAGUAUUUUAUCACAGCCAAAACAUUUUGUUGCUUCUAGUCAAGGGUUAUAUCUAUAUAUACACUGUAAUGUCAGAAAGUACCUAUAAUGACUUCUUAUAGACAGGAAUAUUUCUCUGGUUGAAUCCAGCAUAAUGCUUGGAGCAUGGAAAAAAAAUUUAACUACUCAAUUGUUUGUUAAAAUAUUUUGUCUGCAGCGUGUCUAAUACAAUCAUACUAUAAUAAGACAGCAUUUGAAUUAAUUAAAGUGAAAAUUUUGUUUUUACUCUAAUUUUACAAAUUAAUAUAUAUUUUACAAAAAAAAAUUUUUUUAGUUUGCCAUCAUAUAUUUCACUUAAAUUUUGUGGGAAGGGUUAGUGAGAUUCUAACAAUUGAUAGAUUUUCUUACGAUUAGUGAAUUGCUUAGUUAAUCUUCCCUUGAAAAAAUGCACCCAACUUAAUGUUAUACAGUACUUAGUGUUUCUCUCAGUUCUUGAAGUCAGAUCCUUCAUCAUUAUGUAGUUACAAAUUGAACUUUUUAAUGCAUUAAAAUCAAAACUAGCAAAAGAUCUAGAUUAGAAAGUAUUGCACAGUUCAGAAAUCCAUAGGUGUGAGUUUUCAACUUUUGCAUAGAUUUUGAAGUUGUGUCUCAAUGGAAUAACACAAGCUGAUAAAUUUCCAUAGAUUUACUCCCUACUGUUCAGACUGUUAACAUCUGAGAAAAUCUGAUACUGCAACAGGGGCACACAGGAUUGGUUCAGGCUAGCAAAAAUGAAUUGUUGCCAGGGCAAAUAGCUUUCAUGAGACUUUUUGUUCUGCAAUAUUCUGCAAACACUCAGCUAGCACAGUAGUUUUUUUAGAGUUUGACAUAUAUGAGGCAGAGAACUCAUGCAUAAAUGGAAAAUGUGAAGACAGAACUGUCGAUUUCAAUUCAGAUUUGGGCUUUUAGUUGUUGGAUUCAUAGCGUACUUGUUCCCCAUUAGAAUAUUUUAUUUUUCCCCUACAAAAGGAAAAUCCACUGUAGUCAGUUAAAAGCCUGAAAAGACUUGUCCUUAUCAUGUCCUUGUCUGCUCAAAAGUGAAUCCCGCUGAGUUCCAUGGAAAUUUUCCCCAGGUAAGUGAUUUUAGGAUUGCAAUCUAAAGCUAAAGAAAUGAAGAUGAAAGUAUAACCAAGGAAUGUUAGUUGAGAGUUGGAGGAAGAAAUUUAGUUUCAUAAUAAUAUUUUAUUAUGGCCUUUAUAGCCUUAAUUUAUUUGUAAUUUUCUUCACUAUUGUAUUUUAGAAAUGACAUCUAGUUCUUUUAAUCUUACUGAAAACAGAAACGUGAAAUACAGUACUCAAAAUUCUCUUUGGAUUGAAGUGGCAUAUGCAGCCAAAUAAAUGAAUGUGUAAAUGAGUUUGUGUGCUAAUAAAUAUCAUUGUCUGUUCUGACAGAACAGCCACUUUA